AUGAGUGACAUCAAUGCUGCUUCUGCAACUAUGGAUCAACAGUUGCAAUAUGAUCAUUCACUUGACGUAACGCCGCCACAGCAAGGUGGAUCCAAAUCUUUUGAUGAUGAUGGUCGACUUAAAAGAACAGGAACCAUAUGGACAGCGACUUCACAUAUUAUAACGGCCGUCAUAGGAUCAGGAGUGCUGUCAUUAGCAUGGGCCAUAGCUCAGCUUGGUUGGAUUCUUGGUCCAGCUGUGAUGUUGGUGUUCGCCUUUGUGAUUUACUACACAUCCUGUUUACUUUCUGACUGCUAUAGAACUGGUGACCAAGUUACUGGCACGAGAAACUAUACUUACAUGGAUGCUGUUAGCACAAAUCUUGGUGGCUCUAAGGUCAAGCUUUGUGGGUUGAUUCAAUACAUAAAUCUUUUUGGUGUGGGAAUUGGAUAUACGAUUGCAGCAUCCAUAAGUAUGAUGGCUGUUGAGAGGUCCAACUGUUUCCAUGCUAGCCACAAUGAUAACCCGUGCCUUACAUCGAGUACCCCAUACAUGAUCAUAUUUGGUGUAUUACAAAUCAUAUUCUCCCAAAUACCAGACUUUGAUCAAAUUACAUGGCUAUCAAAGGUUGCUGCAGUCAUGUCGUUUACUUAUUCCGGGAUCGGAAUGG